AUGGAGCUGAGGACCAGUCUCUGGACGAAGAAGACCUUCGUCAUAGGUUGCUUCUUCCUGGCGGUGCUGUGGAUCCUGCUGAACGACAACUCCUGUCUGCUGGGGAUCUCCAGGAGGAUGGCUCUGCAGAGGAUGAAGAUGUCCUCGUCGGAAAGUGCUGGUGCCGUUGAUAAGGAAGUCGCCAAAGUGGAGGAGAUCCCGCUGGAUAGUGUGGGAGGAAAUCCGGACGCGAAGGUGGCGAAGGUUCAGGUGGUGCCGCUCUGGACCAGCAACGACUCUUUAAAGGACACCGUCGAUGCUUCUCCAAAGUACAAGAUCUUAAGGCAGCAGGGUUUGGUGCCCAGCAGACAAUUGCCCAGUGCGCUGAUAAUAGGCGUGAAGAAAGGAGGCACGAGGGCUCUUCUUGAAUUUUUGAGGCUCCAUCCCGACAUCAGAGCUGCAGGAUCCGAAGUUCACUUUUUUGAUCACCACUACGCGAAAGGGUUCCACUGGUACAGACACCGCAUGCCUCCCACGUUGGAGGGUCAAGUAACAAUGGAGAAGACGCCGUCGUACUUUGUGACGACAGAAGCUCCCAGAAGGGUCCAACACAUGAACCCUGGAACGAAACUGAUAGUCGUGGUCAGGGACCCGGUGACCAGGGCUAUCUCCGACUACACCCAGGUGAAGAGUAAGCGCGUCACGAUGCCUCGCUUCGAGGACCUGGCCUUCCUGAACGGGUCCAAAGUCGUGGACACCACCUGGGCUCCUCUCAGGAUUGGCGUCUACGCCAGACACCUGGAGCACUGGCUCCAGUACUUCCCCUUGUCGCAGCUCCUCUUCGUCUCCGGGGAACGACUGAUCGCCGACCCAGUCGUCGAGGUCACUCGGGUGCAGGACUUCCUGGGCCUGAAAAGGGUCAUCUGCGAGAAGCACUUCUAUUUUAAUACCACCAAAGGAUUCCCCUGUCUGCUCAAGUCCGAGGAGCGCGCCACCCCUCAUUGCCUUG